AUGGAGUACACAGUGACAGUAGCUACAGGUACAUUAGAGUACUCUGGUACAAAUAACUAUGUAUAUGUGACUCUGGUGGGGGAGAAGGGACAAAGUGAGAGGACGCUGCUGGACAACCGAGGCCUGGAUCUCCGUAGAGGCGCGGUUGAUGAUUACACAGUAAAGAGCUCAGUUCCUCUGGGUCGCCUGCUCCUUGUGCGCUUAGAGAAACAGAGGUACUGGGUGGAGGAUAAUUGGUACUGCCGCUAUGUUAAGGUCACACCUGCAGCAGGAGGAAAAAACUCUCAAACAUUCCCCUGUUAUUGCUGGCUAGUGGGGGAUGUGACAGUAGAGGUACGCGAUGGUACAGCUAAGAAGCUGAGUGAGGAGAUUCAUCCUGAGGAGCUGGCUCAUAGACAAGCAGAGCUACAGCAAAAACAGAAAAUAUAUCGAUGGCAAGAAUGGGCUCCAGGUAUUCCCAAAUGCAUAGAUGCAAAAACAGAGGCAGACCUACCCCAGGAUGUUCGCUUUGCCAAUGAGAAGCGCUGCGACUUUGAACGAUCACUUCACUUAGCGCUUUUGGAACUUUCUUUGAAGAAGCUGGUCAUUUGGUUUGGACAGUCUUGGAAUGAUCUGGAAGAUUUUAAGCAAAUAUUUUGGAAACUGAAGAGUCCCUUUGGUGAAUAUGUCAUGGAACACUGGAAGGAGGACUGGUUCUUCGGGUAUCAGUUCAUGAAUGGCUCAAAUCCACGAAUGAUCCAAAGGUGCAUGAGUCUGCCUUCCAACUUUCCUGUUUCAGGAGAUAUGGUGCAGGCCUUCCUCAGCCCUAAUACUACUCUGGACAAAGAGCUCAAGGCUGGAAAUGUAUAUCUUGUUGACUAUGCAAUAAUGGAUGGUGUCCCUGCAAAUGUGAUCAGAGGAAAAACACAGUAUAUCGCAGCUCCUUUGUGUUUACUAUAUGAUCAUCCAGACAAAGGCCUUAUUCCUAUUGCCAUACAGCUUGAGCAGAAUCCAAGCAGGGACACCCCAAUCUUUCUUCCAAAUGACCCACCCCUUGCCUGGUUAUUGGCUAAAAUAUGGGUUCGUCAUGCAGAGUUCCAGAUUUUUCAGGUUCUGUCACAUCUGUUGCGCACUCACCUUGUAAUUGAGGUGUUCUGUGUGGCCACACUGCGCCAACUCCCUUCAGUCCACCCAAUAUACAAGCUGCUCACUCCUCAUUUGAGGUACACACUAGAGAUAAACUGCCGUGGGCGUUCACAGCUCAUCUCUAAUGAUGGCAUCUUUAAAAGGGUGGCGUCUACAGGUGGUGAUGGACUGCUAAUCCUGUCUCAAAGAGAGUAUAAGGUCCUGACCUAUCGCUCCCUCCAACCACGAUUUGACUUCCUUGACCGUGGUGUUACUAAACUCAAAAACUACUACUACAGAGAUCAUGCUCUGAUGCUUUGGGAUGCCAUUCACAACUUUGUAUCAAGCAUGGUCUCUCUGUAUUACAAAAGUGACCAAGAGGUGGCACAGGACUCUGAACUGCAGGCAUGGAUUAAGGAUGUGGUUGAGAAAGGCUUUGCGGACGUGCCCCAGUUUGGUCUCUCUAAAGAACUAAAGAAAAAAGUGGAACUGGUCACUCUUUUAAGUGUGGUCAUAUUUACUGCCACAGCACAACAUGCAGCAACCAACAAUGGACAGUUUGAUUAUUGUUCCUGGGUACCCAACACACCUUGCACCAUGCGUCAGCCUUCACCCAAAGACAAGGAUGCUGUCACUAUGGGACUAAUCAUGGACUCACUACCAGAUAUCAGCCAGUCAUGUAUGGAGUUGGCAAUCACAUGGCAUUUGGGAAGGCUCCAGCCAGAUGCAAUACCUCUGGCAAAGUAUGAGGAAGAGUACUUUACAGAGCCGGCAGCCCAAAAGGCACUUGACAGGUUCAGGCAGGAGCUGAAGGACAUUGAGAAGCAGAUUCUGGAUCAGAACAAGGGCCUUGAACCUCCAUAUCUUUACCUCUGUCCUAGCCGAAUAGAGAACAGCAUUACUAUAUAG